GGGAAAAUGAAAAGUUUUGAAUUUCUUCAUAAUUUCCUGUUUUAUUGACCAUUCAGAAUGCGAAUUUUUAUUCGUAAUAAGUCCAGGUAUAGCCCCGAGUUCCAGGAAGAUGACAUGAUGUACAUUGACGUGCAGGACUAUGCCGGAACUACAAUAAAUGAGCUGAAAGAGCACUGUAAAAGAAAGUCCCCAGCAAAGAUUGAUGAACUGUUUUACCGCAAUGAGGCCCUAGCAGAUGACAGGUCUGUAGCACACAACAAUCUGCAUGACAAUGUCAUCCUGGAAACAACUUCUAAUCCAUUCUUCCUGGCCUGUAUGAAUAUCCUCUUAGUGAAGGCAGAAAGGAACAUGUCCGACUACCCCGAUAAAUCCCCCGAGUAUUCCCGUUUCAAAAGAUCAAAGAUACACAAAAUAACAAUCAUUGGUGUGCUUACCAAUUCGAAAAAAGAGAGUGACAGACAGCCACCUCACAUGAGCAAUGUGAAUGCAUUCAUAGCCUACAUAGACAGAUUAGGCAAGAAAGGUGCUUCAAUGAGUUAUUUCACAAGAGAUGCUUUGCAUGAGUUCUAUGAGGAGUUUGAACAGCUUGAUAUGCAGAAACCAGACCCUGUUGGAUCAUUCCUAAGACGCCAUGCUAUUCAGUUGGGAUUCAUUGAUCCAAAAGAUGGAGAUGAUGUUGGAGGGGCUGUUGUACAUAAUGGGCCAGGCCAUACUGCAGAGCUUAACCACCAGCAUGAUAUCAAUGUCAUUAAUCCUAACAACAGAGCUGGUAAAAUUAAGAAUAACAAAGCUGGUGUCACCCCUACAACUAGAAGAGUGAAAGCAAUUAAGGAUAGACCCUGUGAGGACUGUGGAGAAGAUGGUAAGGUGGCUGUAAUUUACUGCCCCGACUGUGAGGGUGGCCUUGCCCUGUGUCAGGACUGUUCUGAUCUUACACACAGAGGUGCGGCCAGGAGACACCAUCAAUUGAAAGGUAUAUUAGAAGCGCCCAAAGUGCACAAGCCAUACUCCCCAAAGGCAUACAGGACCCCAUUUGCAUUAUUGAUUGGCUUACAUAGUGGUCUCCAUUCUGACCCUCCUAUGCUUAGUAUGAAUGAGCGAAAUGUGAAGGAUCUCUCCCAACCUCACACAGACACUGACCUUGACAGCAAAAAUCCAGGCAAGUUUUUUGGUGGAUUUGACAGUAUGGAGAAUACUCUGAUAAUGAAGAAUCUUGUGCUAAAGGAAGCUGCCAUCAACCCAAGCUAUGCCUUGACUGUCUCUGGAAGACACUUGGCUGAGAAAUGUUCAGACUUUGCCCAAGCUUAUUACAACUUCAGUUCUGUAAGAGGAAUACCUAAAAUACCAGAAGCAUCAAGUACUCAGAUAGGUGCAGAAAGGCUGUGUUUGGUGAUAGAUUCACAAGAGAAAGAGAGGGAGAGGCUGAUAGGGUUUGCUAGACAGAGGGGAAUUGUCACAAAAGUGCGAGAGCUACCUGCUGGCGACUAUGUGUGGCUUCUGCUGCCCCCUGGUGCUGAUGGGAGCCAGGAUAUACCUAGUAAUAGAGAAAUGAUGCUGCCUUACAUUGUGGAGAGGAAGUCCUGGGAUGACCUCUUUGACAGUAUGAGAACAUCACGCUUUGACAAGCAGAUUGUCAAAAUGCAGAGGUGUGGCCUGAAGAACAUAUUCUACCUUCUAGAGGGAUCCAUCAAUGAUACAAAAAGUAAACUGACUGAUGAAAAGAAAACACAAAUAAAGACCAGGAUCCAAAAGCUGCAAUUUGAGGAAGACAUAUUUGUGAAUUACACAGCAUCUUGGCUGAAAACGGUCCAGUGGCUUGUCCAGAUCACUUCCCUUAUAGCAGAUGCAUACAGAUCAGGCAUGGACACCCAUGAUAGGUUGAUGAGCUAUGCAGAGUUCUGUGAGAGAGUACAACAUGGGGAUAAAAGACACAGGGACAGGAGACCAAGGGAAUAUCAUACUUGGCCAGCUGGUUUCUUUGUAGACUUGUUGUUCAGAGAUAACCAUGGUGGUGGUGCUAUGAUGCAGACUGUGAAGACUGAGCUGGGAAUACAAGGGAAAUAUGGCCCUAGAAAGCACCUGCUUGUUAUACAGGGACUAGAGGAUUACAAUAAGUGUCGACAGCGUUACAUUGACAAGGCUCUGAGUGAUUUCAGCAACAAUAAAGGUGGCAGUGUGGUUGACAUCGUGAACGACCAGCUAGGCCCUCUGGUGGCAGAUUUGGUGCACUAUGAUGUGACAUCAUUUUGGCAGUUACACAUCCAGGUUUGUGUUGGUGUUGUUAUACAGAGAACUGAGAAACCCCAGGAGGCAACAGACAUUCAGGAACAGUUUAUGCAGGGCCCAGGUGAUCAUCCUGAUGACCAUAUGCCAAGACAGCAAAACCUUAACAAUUAUGUAAGACCUCCUCCCACACCCCAGUCCGCUGCCAAUAGUACACAGCCUGUCAAACCUGCCUCAAGGCACAAGUCUCCAACUCUCCCAACCCAAGCCCCACAAGUGCACACUCUACCCUCCACAUCUAAUGCCACCAUUACAACUGCUGAUAUAGGACAAAUACAAGGUGUCCAAGAAUCCCUUAACAAUACAGUUGAAAUACAGGGUGGUCAAGAAUCUCAAGAUGAUGAUCUUAGAAAAGCUAUAGAAUUAAGCUUAAGACAAAGCCAAAAUAGUUGUAAUGUUAGAGCAGAUGGACUAGGUCCAGUAUCUUCCAAUAGUGCCAAUAAGUAUAGUGCAAAUGCAUCAGAAGCAAAAGGUGCAACAGAUGAAGGUCAACUCUCUGAAGAGGAACAGUUAAAAAGGGUUUUAGAAUUAAGUAGGAUUGAAACCGCAAUGAACAGUGAUCUAGUCAAUGACUCUGAUUAUGCCUCUAAACUUGACAGAGGUCAUGUAACCAAUGCAAAAGCUAUAUAUAAAGAUGAGGCAAGACCAACACCAUGCAAAACAUUAGACAGAAAUGAAAACCAUGUGCCAUAUAGAGGAACAACAUAUUACACUGAUGAAGUCCUUAUUAGUAAAGCACCAGGUGCAAGAACUACAACUAAACCAACAGCCGUUGAUGAAGAGGAGGAGGAGAUAUUCAGAAGAGCUUUAGAAUCUCUUGAUAAACCAAAGAUCAAGGAAGAACCAGUUGAGACCACCACUACUGCAGAACCAAUAGGAGCCAAUAAUGAUGUUGAGUUUAAGAAGGCUCUUGAAGUAAGUCUUUUGGAAAGUCAAAUUAAAAAUGAGCCAAUAGAUUCAAGUGAGCAGUCUUGUCAUCCUGUCAGACCACAGCAAAGACUUUCAAACAUUGUUCAUAACAGAAUGGACAUUACAAGCGAUCAUUUGAAAAGUAAUCCUUCUGCAAGCAAUGUCCAUGUUAUUAAAGAAGAAAAGAUGGAUAAUGCCCACCCUGAGGAUGAUGAUCUGAAAAAGGCUUUACAAUUGAGUCUUAUUGAAAGCCAGUUUGAGAAAGAUCCAAUUAUAGCUCAACAAUAUUCGCCAGUUUGUUCCUCAAUAGACACUAGGUCAGGUGACAGCUAUGAGCCAAUACUGAACAAGGAAUUAUUCUCAAUAUCUGAUGAUCCAAAUGUACAACAUGACUUAGAGAAAAGUUUUCAUGAAGAUGAAAACAAAGUUGCCAAAAAAGGAGGAAACUCUAAGAAAAGACCUAGUCCAGAUAGUGAACCACAUGCCCCAACUAAAAUCCAGAAACUGUAUGAUACACCAAUUCAGAAUCUAAGUGAAGAGGAACAGUUCAGACUUGCCAUGGAGGAAAGUAUGAAAGAACCAGUGCCAAAAACUCAACUAUAUAAAUCUGAUAUCCAUGCUCCACCAAAUGCCCCGAAAUCAAGAGCUCAAGGUGUUCUGUCAGAUGAGGAAUAUGCGAGAAAGCUGCAAGAAGAGCUUAACCAAACAUCACCAAACAAUAAUGCUGAUAAAGAUGCAAUCCUAGCUAGAAGACUAAGUCUCAGCCAAGACCCAGUACAAUAUAAGCAAUACAUAGAAGAUGCUAAGCUUGCUGUGAAACUAGAGGCAGGUGAUAUAGAUAUAAUAGAUGUACCUGUUGAUACCUUUGGGCCCCCAGGGGCUAGGGCUUUCAGUACACCAUCUAAAGCCACAUCUAGAAGGAAGGCAACAGUCAUGAAACAGCCAUCCAGAACUGCAUUAGGGAGCCCUAUUGUGCAUGUACCAGAUACAGACAGCCAGUUAGCAGAAUACAGACGCUUGCAGCAGAUGAAACACAGUGGGAAGACUGCCAACAUUUCUGGCCAUCCCAGUCCUCGUAGUCCACAUGUAAAUGGGCCACAUACACCUAAGGGGGCAAAAUCUGUACCGACUGCUACAUAUACUCCUAUGUCUAAGCAGGUUAGCUCCUCGUCUACCUCGACAUACAUCCCUACGGCUGAUAGGUCCAUAAAACAACAUGGCCGUAUUCAACCUGGAACCCCUAACUUAGCCAAGCAAUUGACAGGUGUGGUCCCACAAGCUGUAGUCAGUCCAAGAGUGCACUCCAACCCUGCUGUAACCCACAGGCCAGCCAGCCAUACUCAACAUGUAGCAGACCAACAUAUUGUGCACCCAUUUAAUAACACUCCCAUCAUACCAAACCCUGACCUAACCCUGACCAAUAAUCCACUAUCAAGCAAACAUGAUACAAUUACGAAGGAGUUUCCUAAUCCAAAAUUAGCUUCUGGGGUCAAUCAAGGAACAGUGGCUCAGGUUCAUGGAGAGAACACAGACCAAGGUUUUGCAUCAUCUCCAUGCAAAUAUCAAGCAGAGGUUAAAGGUCAUCAGGGGGUCAAGGUCAAAGAUGAAGUUGUCAUUAUAGAUAGUGAUAGUGAUGAUGACCUACCACCAAGUGGAGUUGUGAAGCCAGGCAGCUUCAAUCCUAAAGUGGGUACAAAACAAGGUGGCACAUUCACACAUGGAGCAGAGCCACACCAGUCCAACAUCAAGUGUGGCAACUGUGGCAGACUGGGACACACAAGGACAUCCAGUAGAUGUCCUCAUUACUACUCACAAGAAGAACAUGAUCGCAGAGAGGCCAAGAAAGCUAAAGCAAGAGAGAAGAGAGAAGCUGCAGAGAGGGAAGAUCAGCGCCUCCUUGAUAAUCUUCAACGUAAGCAUGAUCGAACGCAGGAGUUGAUUGAACAGCAGGAGAGAGAGAAACGCCUUAAACAACAACAAGCGCUGAAUGCUGUGAAUGCAGUCUUUGAAACUCAGAUUGAGCCAGUCGUCGCUCAGAAUCAGGAAUACGAGGCAAUGAUCGCAGCCUUGGAGAACAAGCAGAGAAAGAAUGCCCGAAAGAAAAAAUAAAUAGUACUUACUUGUGUUACUUUUAGGGUCCCUGUAUAUCAUGCAUUACCAUGGUCAAGAUGAAUGUCAGUAUUCAGUAGUCAUAUUGUUGUUGUGUAUUAGUUAGUUUAUAGAAAUGUGUUUCUAUAGUGACAGUACAGUAUACACAGUACACAGAGUACGGGACUAUUUAGAAGGCAAUAUUAGCAAUAUACGGACUGGUGCUAUUACAUAUAUUUACAAAUAUGUAUUACUCUAAGACUUUACUGUUGAGAGACAAGAAUCUAAUCAAAAGUUUGUGCAACUUUUUUAAGUCAUUGUUCAAAGAGUAUUAGGGGAACGUUUAUGAUAGUUGAUCUGAUCUUUAAUCAUUUUCUGUUAUUAUUCAUUGAAUAAUUGAAUUUAAAAUUAAAACUUAUUUUAGAAGAAUGAAACUGUCUAAUGGCCAUGUCCCUGUGCAUUUCUGGAUGCUUCAUAAAGUAGAACAACUACCAAGAAUAAAGAAGAGUGCAACUAAUACUACUACCAGGGACUUGGACUUAGCAGUACUGCAUGUUUUGAUUAACCCAUCGGCGUAGCCAGGCAUGACGCAGGGGAGGAAACUGCCUCAUCAAAAGUAUAUUAAAAACAUUUUUGAAGAUCAUAUCGAACAUGUGGUUACGUUUUGCCUCGUCUAUUUUUGGAUCUUGCCUACACUCAUGCUAAUCAAUUCAUGUUGUUUCUGUAUAUCUAAGACUUAAGAGUUAGUU